AUGAGUGACGGGAACCUGGUGAAUAUACCCGUGCCAAGUGUGGACAGUGUGACCGUCGCGGUGCGUGUGCGACCUUUCAGUCAGAGAGAGAAGAAUUCUGGGAGCAAAUGUGUGAUUUCCAUGCAUUCCAGAACCACCACAACCAUACAAGACCCUAAGAAUCCAGAACACAGGAAAACAUUUACUUUUGACCUGGCCUAUUGGUCUCACAAUGGAUUUCAAAAGGAUAAAGAUGGUGUGUUUAUUUCAGCUGAUCCUACCAGUAAAUUUGCAAGCCAGAAAGAUAUUUUCCAUCAUCUUGGCAAGGGAAUUCUGGACAGUGCUUGGCAAGGCUAUAAUGCCACCCUCCUAGCCUAUGGCCAAACUGGCUCUGGAAAAAGCUAUUCCAUGGUUGGUUUUGGCACAAACAAGGGUAUCAUUCCAAAUGUAUGUGAAGAGCUCUUUCAAGCAAUGGAGAAGCGGGAGAGAAAUCAGGAAUGCCAGGUUACAUUCAGUAUGCUGGAAAUUUACAACGAGCAGAUACGAGACUUGCUGUCUAGAACCAAGAAACCCGGAGGACUAAAAGUAAGGGAAGAUCAACAGCUAGGAUUUUAUGUGGAUGGCUUGACGUCAGUGCCUUGUGAGAACUACACGCAGAUUGAAAGGCUGAUGGAGCAAGGGACGAAAACAAGGACCACGGCAUCGACCAACAUGAACGCCAGCAGCAGCCGAUCUCAUAUGGUUAUCACCAUCCAGUUCAAGCAGGUUUUCCUGGACAGAGGCCUCACCAAGCAAUCCACGAUUAACUUGGUGGAUUUAGCAGGAAGCGAAAGGCAGAAGUCUUCAGGAUCUGAAGGAGACAGACUGAGGGAAGGCUCACAAGUUAACUUAAGUUUAACCAACUUAGGAAAUGUUAUCAGUGCUCUGGCUGAUGCAGCCACGGGGAAGAAAGUCUUGCACGUUCCCUACAGAGAUUCUGUCCUGACCAAACUUCUCCAGCCAGCUCUGGGCGGGAACAGCAGAACUACUUUGAUAGUGGCCAUAAGUCCUGCUGACAUCUGCUAUGAGGAAACUUUAUCCACAUUAAGGUACGCCGAAAGGGCUAAGAAGAUCCGGAACAAAGCCAUGGUCAACACCUCGAUGCUGACGAGAGAGUCAAAGGCAGAGAACAUCAGAGUGCCACUCGCUCAUGGAAAUUUCAGAAUGGCAGAGCAGCCGGCCCGCCCACUGGCAGAACCUGGGCCCUGGGCACGCGAGCUGGCGCAGGCUCGGGAAGAGUGGCGACAGCAGUAUAUGGCCAUUGCCAAGGAGCAGCGGAUGAUGGAGACCCUCCCUCACCUUCUCAACGUCAACGAGGACCCACAGCUCACGGGGGUCCUCAAGUAUUUCAUUCAGGCCGGUUCAUCUGAUGCUGGUCGGGCCGUUUCAAAUGCCAUCCAUCUUCAAGGUUUGGGAAUUUCAGAUAAACAUGCUUCCUUCACAAAUUCUGAUGGGAAGGUGACAGUCACGCCACACAGCAAAUGCAAAGUUGUCAUUAAUGGGGUGCCCAUCAUGACCAAGACGAAGCUGCAGCAUUUGGACCGCAUUAUCUUGGGAUCCAACAGCGCCUACCUCUACAUUGGGUUUCCAUCAGAGCGAGACAGUGAAGACUUGAACAGGUUCGACUACGACUUCUUCCAGCUAGAGAGAGCAGCUGCAGAGGGAGUGAGCAUGGACAAGCUCGGGGCUGCGAGCCACAGCGAUGGGAAAGCGGACCCCAGCGUGCUGGCGGUGUUCCAGGACUAUGUCAGACUGAUGCCCCUGGUGGCAGAAGCCAACCAAAUGGGCGAAGAGCUGAAGAAGGGGCUCAGGAUGGAACUGAAGGUGAAGAAUUUAGCGGCGUCAGACUCCAGGGGACACGAGCUACAGAAGGAGGUCAUGGUGAAGGUGACCAACCAAAGGACCCACGAGGUGUGGAUUUGGUCAAAAGCCAAGUUUAUCAAUAGGAAAUUUCUAAUGGAGGAACUUUACCAGCGCUUUCUGGAUGGAGAAGACAGCCAUGUGGCUCAGGAAGAUGACCCCUUCUGGGACCCUGUGGAGGUCAUCCACUUGGGCUCAGCCCACGUCUGGCUCCAGUCCCUCGCCUACUCCAUGAAGUUCGAGGAGCAGGUGGAGUUCCUGAACUGUGAUGGGAAGGAAGAGGCUGUGGUGCACGUCCACAUGACUCCCUGCUCCCCGGAGGGAUGGUGGGUAGCGUGCGGUGAGGAGGACGUGGUUAUCGACCCUUCGGAGCUGCUGGGCAGGAGGAUGGAUUUCCAGGUUGGCCUCGUGCGGGGCCUUGGCAUCAAGUGGCUGAAGGAGGAUGCAGAGCGGGGCAUUCAGAUGGGGUACAGAAUUUAUGAUCUUUCAAGCACUUUAUAUUCCAAGCCUGUAUGGAAAACUGUGAAUCCUCAAAUAGAAGAAACGGUCCAAUUUACAGCCUUAAACGCAUCUCAGGAGUUUCUGAAUUAUUUACAAACAAAUGCUCUCAUUAUUGAUUUAUGGGGUCUUCCAGAAGGUUGUGCCCAGAUGAACUGCUCUCAUCCGGACCUCACGGUCACAAGUGAAGGCCACAUCAUGGUGGACACCAAGAAAAUGUCCACGGUGGUGGAUACGGGCCAGACUCCUUCAAAUCAGAUAUCGGAACUCUACAUGAAGUUGCUCAAGUUCGAACGGGAGACGGAGCUGCUCAGGAGUGUUAACAGAGCCCUGAGAGAGGAGAACGCCUUUCUCAAACAAUCCAUUGAGAAGGUCGGUUCUACUCCACAAGGUGAGAAGCUGUCACACAAGCUUUCCGAUGCCCUGAAGGUGACUUGGACAGCAGCGCGCCCGCCGGCAGCCAGAGAGGCAAGCCCAGUGCGCACCGGACCGGCCAGCUCGGACAGAGAGUUCGCCAAAGCCCUGAAGCUGCUCUACCACAGCAUGAACGUGGCAAGAGGGCAGCUUCUCAGACUGAGACAAGCCAAACCUCCUGAAGAAGAUGAAAUGCUUCGACCGUUUGUACACCAACAGGCACAGAGGUUAAAGGACUUUGGAGACCUGCUGGAGUCCAGCUUGUGGAGGCUGAAAACCGAUGUCGCUGUCAUUGUGAAGAAGAAGAGAGCCAGUUUGCUGCAGGCCCAGUAG